GCCGCCUCCUCUCCCAGUCCCCGGAGCUGCUGCUUGUGCCCCUGCUGCCCGCGGUGAUAUCUGCCCCAGCCGGGUAUCUGCUCAUCACCCUGCGGGUCACCCCACCCAGAUCUGCCGCAUUCACCCCUCGGCACCCCCUCUCUGCCUGCGGUCUCCUUUCACCGGCCCCGGUUGUACGCUGCCCCCGCAGCCCCUCCUCGGGUCCCCUCUCCCAGGGUCCGGAGAUGGGGCCCCCAGCGGGCCCCGGGCUGCUCCUGCUCUUCCUCGGCUGCCUGCGGAUCGGCUCUUCCAAGUAUGUGCGGGGCAACCUCAGCACCAAGGAGGACUGGGUUUUUCUCACAAGGUUCUGUUUCUUAUCAGACUUCGGACGUCUUGAAUUCAGAUUUAAAUACCCCGAGGCAAAAUGCUGCCAGAACAUCCUGCUUUAUUUCGACGACCCAUCUCAGUGGCCGGCCGUGUACAAGAAGGGAAACAAGGACUGCUUGAUGAAGGAAUCUGUGAUCCGUCCUGAGAACAACCAGGUCAUUAAUCUGACCACCCAGUACGUUUGGUCCGGCUGUCAGGUGAUAAAGGAAUCAGGGACGAGCUACCUGAGCUGCAACAGCGGCAGAAGCUUCAGAUCUGUUCGAGAACGAUGGUGGUACAUAGCCUUGAGCAAGUGCGGGGGGGAUGGGCUCCAGUUAGAAUACGAGAUGACCCUGACGAACGGCAAAUCCUUCUGGACGCGCCACUUCUCCGCGGAUGAGUUUGGGAUCCUGGAGACAGAUAUCACCUUCCUCCUGAUCUUCGUCCUGAUCUUGCUGCUAUCCUGUUACUUUGGCUAUAUCCUCAGGGGGCGGCAGCUUCUUCACACCACGUACAAGAUGUUUAUGGCAGCGGCUGGAGUUGAGGUUCUCAGCCUGCUGUUCUUCUGUGUAUACUGGGGGCAGUACGCGCAGGACGGAGUGGGCAACCCCAGCAUCAAAGUGUUAGCUAAGCUCCUGUUCUCUGCAAGUUUCCUGAUUUUUCUGCUAAUGCUGAUCCUGCUGGGGAAAGGAUUUACUGUUACCAGAGGUCGGAUCAGCCACCUGGGCUCCAUUAAGCUGUCGGUGUACAUGACGCUGUACACGGUGACACACACGGUGCUGUUUAUAAAUGAGGCACAGUUCUUUGAUCCCGCUCAGGUCCUGUACACGUAUGAGUCGCCCGCAGGUUAUGGUAACAUCGCCCUGCAGUUCCUGGCAUAUAUCUGGUUCUGUUACGCCGUGUUGGUGACCCUCAAGCACUUCCCGGAGAAACAGGCGUUCUACGUGCCCUUCUUUGCUGCGUACACUCUCUGGUUCUUUGCCGUCCCCGUCAUGGCAUUGAUUGCUAAUUUUGGAAUCCCUAAAUGGGCCCGUGAGAAGAUUGUGAACGGAAUCCAGCUGGGAAUCCAUCUGUACGCACACGCCGUCUUUCUGAUCAUCACCAGACCUUCGGCAGCCAAUAAGAACUUCCCUUACCACGUGCGCACCUCUCAGAUCGGAAUCAUGGAGCAGAGUACCGAGAAAUUCCCGCACCACGUUUAUGGAAACGUCACGUUUAUCAGCGAUUCUGUCCCCAACGUCACUGAGCUUUUCUCGAUCCCGAGCUGCAACGGGAGCAAUGGAGCGAUAAAUAAGCCCGCUCAGUACCCUGUUACUCUUGGUCAAUGUUACUCCCAGCUGACCUCAGACCCUCAUCAUGUGAUGAGCCCCUCAUCUCUGAACGGUGUACCCGGAAAUCAAAAGUUACCGGUUGGGGAGACGCAGAUUGGGGGUCUUCAACAGCUACACGCCCCUCAAAUACAUAAUCAGAAUGGCUUCCCUGAAUACUUCAGCAUCCGCUCGGCAGGCCCCCAACCCAUGUAGAAACCCCACCGCCGCGGGAAGGUCCACAUCGCAGUCCUCCUUAAACCAAGAUAGACCCACUGAAGCCACAUAUGAACUGACAUUCUGAGCCAGAAACCAUUGUCUGGACGGCUGUGUGUAUGUGUGGGAGUGCGUGAGCAGACAGACGUGUUUACAAAUCUACAUGUACAUGUGUACACCUUUUCAUAUAUCUGCUAUGUUUGCACUUAGGUGUACAGAUGUUCCAUUUCCUGCAUUUCUUUGUUGUAUGUUUAUUCUGCCUGUCUUCUCGAUAGUCUUUUUGCC